AUGAAGGAAAACAUGGAAGUGAAGGCAAUUCCACAACUGACAAAAAGGUUCCCAAUGCGGGAGAAAUGCAAGGUCGGCUUGUUCCCAUUUAAAUCUUGCUAUAUCUGCGGAAGAGGAAUGUUAUCACAAACAGAAGGUGUUUCAGAUGUCAAAAAGGCAUUCAAAGGAUUUAAGUGGAUUGAAGGAAGACAAUUCAUGCUGCUUACAAAGGAGUCAAAUGAGAGUGCGUACAUAUAUGCAGAUGAGCAUCUUCCAACAGAGCACUGCACGUGCGUUAUACCAGGCCACAUAUUUACACCAAUUGGCACCAAAUUCAACCUGGAAAGAUCAUUCACCCCACAGAGCGAGAACUACAGAAAUAGUAUGUAUAUGCACCCAGUCUUCCCAGUCUUUUCCCCGUACCUCAUAUGCCUUGAUAGAAUUAUAUCCGGGAAAGACACCAGAACCACGUGCAUGAUAAAGAACAUCCCGAAUAAGCUGAAUAUACGGCAAUUAAUUGAAGUGCUUACAUCAAUAUGCUACAAUGCCUUUGACUUCGUCUAUUUAAGGAUGGACUUCAAAAGCAACUGCAACAAUGGAUAUGCCUUCAUUAACUUCCGGGGCGCAAAAUACAUCCCAAUCUUCCUGGAUGCAAUUCAGGGCAGAAAGUGGAAAAACUUCAAAAGUGAGAAGAAAGGGGAUAUAGCAUAUGCCAGGAUACAGGGCCUGCAUAUGCUGCAAAGCAGGUUCCGAAGAAGUGAUAUCUUAGCAGCAGACAAGGAAUACUGGCCAGUCAUAUUCAACAAACAGGGCGAUGAAAUACUGGCAUCUGAGUGGAAGCUGCAUUGA